AUGACUAGCCACGAGCCUUCACUCCUUCAGGCCCGUGGUGGCGCUCAUGCCCACGCUCAUUCUGCAUAUAAACACCGACACGCACAUGGCCAUGGCCAUGACCAUCUGCACCAUCAAUACCCCCAUGAUGCCGUCUCUGGCCCCCGACCCGGCCGUGACAAGCUCGACACCGACCAAAACCCGGAUCUCAAGAAACGGGCCAACGUGGUCACCGCGGACGAAAAGUCUCUCGAUGAGGCAACUCCUACCGCAACGUCCCUCGUCACCGAGGUUAUACAGACCGUUUCGCUCGUUCAGAUCGUGGACACCCAAGGAUCGCCGCUCUCCACGUUGACUCAGUUCGCUGUACCCAAUACCGUUAUUAUCAAUAAGGACACGGGCAAGACCAUAUCUGCUUCGAAUCCGGAUCCUACUCCAGCUCCGGCUGCGCCAGGUUCUGGCCCAGAUCUCAGCAAAGGAGUCUCAUCGUCGCCUGCCACUAGCUCGCAAGCAACGAUUAGUCCCCCGUCGAUAUCUGCUUCUUCUCCGGCAUCCCUUUCGUCAUCCGCCCUUUCUUCUUCAUCACCUGCAGCCCCUCCACCGGCAUCUUCACCGGCAUCUUCACCAUUAUCUUUGCCUGCACCUUCGCCAGCACCUUCGCCAGCGCCUUCGCCAGCGCCUUCGCCGGCCCCUUCAAUGGGAAUAGGCCACCAUAAUGGAACAAUUAUCCAUCAUCCUAGCAGCCAUUCCAGUGCAGCUAAUUCUAUGUUUCAUGCGGAAUCAGUAAAUGUCAACACGACAUCAACAUCGCAUUCUUCGACAACACCGCCAAAACACUCUUCUACUUCGUUGGCAAGAACAACCUCGGAGUCUUCUUCUUUUGAGCCUACGUCUUUUACAGAAGCAGUGGCCUCAACCAUCUCUUCUUUUGAGCCACAGGCCACUGAUGGCGGAUUCGGUGGCGGAUUCGGCGGAGGUGCUACUCCGUCUAUAGUAGAUAGUAUGCAGCCUUCCUCCUCCGCGUCUUCAAACUCAACUGCGAGCGCACUCUCCCCUCAGCAAAAGCAAGUUAUUGGAGGAGUACUCGGAGGCGUUGCCGGCGCCGCUUUCUUCCUCGUUUUGGUCUUGGUAGCUCUGAGGUGGAAGAGGCGUCAAAAUAACGCGGCUCAGGCUGCCAGUCAAGCUGCCUCGGAGUCUCGUGAAUUGCCUCCAGCCUCUGGCACUCCCAGUGGAGCUCCCAAUGGCGGCGGCGGAAGUAGCGGCGGAAGCGCCAUGGCAGAAAGAUACAGCGCUGCUGGCCUGACUGCGGCCUUCACUGGCUUGGCCCCUAAGAGGAGUUCUGCUUCUGUGAACUCUUCGGAGACGGGAGAAAGAGGUUUCUAUCGUGUGUCUGGCAGAAAGCUGCCUUCAGUCUUGCAGGUAGGGGGCGAUGGGUACUCGGAUCCUCGCUCGAGUUUCAUGAGUGGCACCUCAGACUACUAUCGAGGCUCGCAAGCUUUUGAUCCGUUCGGAGGACCAGGAACCCGGUUACAGCUAGGAGCUCCCAUGCGUCCCGAUAGCGGCGUGCCGAUUGUUCGAUCCAGCCCGGCUCGCCCUGUGGUUGCAGAAGAGAAUCCGUUCGCGGACCCUCCGACGUCUCCCCCUGGUGAUGCUUUGGCGCCUCCAUUGACACGACCACGCGCCGGUCCACGGAGGGGUUCUAAAUUCCAAGAGGGCAUUUGA